CAUUCUGUGUUGCAUUCUGUGUUGUCUCAUCUUGUAUGUAUAGUAUCUGCACCCAUUUAUUGUGCUUCUGCUGCUUCUUCUUCUUCUGAUAUGUUUUUUUCCCUCUUCAGGUGUGCUUUCUAGUUUUUUGUUGUUGUCUAGUCUUUCCGGGGUUUUAUCGGGUUUGGGGAAUACGCGGGAUGUUACUGCUUACUGCUUACUGCUGCUUGCUUGCUGCUGCUGGUUAUCCUUCUGCUGGUUAUCCUUCUGCUCUAUGUAUCUUUCUGCUUGCUUAUGUACUUGCUUAUGUACUUACUUACUUAUCCUUUGUCUUUCUUGCCUUUCUUGCCUUGUCUUUCUUGCCUUGCUGCCUUGCCUUUAUGGGAUGGGAUGGGAUGGGAUGUGUGAUGGGCGGCUGCUGUUUUUUCCCUUCUUUCGUUGGCUGUGCGUGAUUGCGGGUGAUCCACCGUGCUGUGCGAACUUGGGAGAUGUUUCUUGAGAGAUGGGGCUAUGGGGCUACACAUUAUGGAUGGAUGGUUGGAUGGUUGGCG